UCCCCCGUGGGGCCGCGGGGUUUAAACUGUGUGCACAGUGGAAGUGGCACAUGGAGUCCCAGCAUCUGUGCUCUUUCCCUUCCCAGAACCGGUUACGACGCCAGGACGUCGGCCUGAAAACCCACUUGGACCAACUGGACCAGCAGAUCAGUGAACUGCAGCUGGACGUGCUCAGGACAUCCUCUGAGGGCCUGGACAGUGACAGCCGGCCCAGCUCGGGCUUCUACGAGCUGAGCGACGGAGGCUCCUGCUCCCUGUCCACCUCCUGCACGUCCGUGUGCAGCGACCGCCUGUCCUCCUCCCUGGGCACUUUGCUGACCACCAACCCCAAGGCCAGGACCAGCGCAGGGGACUGCCGGCCCUGGUCCGCCGAUGAAACCACCAUGUGUGGGGCCCCCCUGCCCACGUGGGGACUCCCGGCCCCUGAGGAUGGCACAGACCAGCCACUGCGAGGCACGGCCCGGCCGCGGCCAGUGUCCACAGGUGACCUUGAAAGAGUCCUACCGGCUGAGGUGGGCCUCCCGGUGGCCAGCGCAGACACCACGUCCACGGCUGUGUCCCUUCUCUGCCAUGGGAUGGGCCUCCCACCCCACGUGCUGGACCCCAAAUACCAGCGUGACCUGGUGUCCAGGGGUGGCCGGGAGGUGUACCUGUACCCCAGCCCCCUGCAUGCGGUGGCUUUACAGAGCCCCCUCUUUGCUCUGCCCAAGGAGGCUGCACAGAGGGACAGCCACCCGCCGCCCCUGAGCAAGUCCCUUCCUAGCCCUUCAGGUCCAAGCUCAACCCCGACUGGACCGACCCUUGAGCCUGGCCCAGCCCAGGCCUAUAUAGACAGGCUGCUUGGACUUCGGGGCCAAGGGAACCCCCCAAGAGGCAGUGUGGGUGAGCAGGGACCCCCUGGAUGUGAGGUGUCCACAUCCCAGAGAGCAGAGACUGAGAGUCACCCAGAGGGGCUGAACUGCCCCCCAAGAAGAACAAACAUAGGAGGUGGGGCUCAGAGAAGGGCCACGGGUGGGGACAGCCUCCCACAGCGGGGACCUGCACCCCUUGUGAGUCCCCCACCCCCCAGCAGCCUGCCAGAGGAGGGACAGAAGCCUUUCAGUAGCUGCGCCUGUUCGGGGACCAUUCUGGGCUCCCCUCAGAUGGGCAUUGAGUCCCAGGCUCCGCAGGCCACUCCUGCCAGCUGGGAGGGCAAAGCCAGGUCACCCACCAGGAUGGGCCCAGGGCCCUGUGUCCACCCCCACUCUGUUGCCAGCAGAGCUGCCCCAAUGGGCCAGAGAAGGGGCCACCCCACGACAAAGGCAGUGAAGAUCGGGAGGGGGACCAGCGACAAGGCACCAAGGUUGGGGAGGCAGCCCCCACCCUGGGGCGCCCUCAUAGCCCCCCGGCUGCCCCCCGCAUGGGGUGCUGGACUCAGGAGGAGGCCCCCCCAGGCCAGGGAGGCUCCCAGCCGCUCCUGCUCUGAGUCCAGCCUCUACCCCGUGCCCUUCCUUGUCCCCCUGCUGGUGGCCCGCCGGGAAGGUCACAGGGCGUCUGUCCAGGCCCUGUUCCCCUCAGAAGCAGCCCCCGCCUUGGCCGAGGGCGGGGAGGCCCGGCGGAGGCAACGCAGAUGGCAGUCCUCCGUGGAGAUCUCAGCCCGGGCCAGUGCCCAGGGCCCUGGUCUGGGGCCCCCAAGGCUGGCCACCAGGAGAGGGGGUGGACCGAGGUCUGUGAGCACCCGGGCCAGGCCCAGGCCGCCCCGCCGGGACCCCCAGGCCAGGAGCGAGUCUGGCGGCUCCGAGCGCUCGGCCGAGUGCGCCUCCCUGUUCCACUCCACCAUCGCCGAGUCCAGCGAGGACGGGGCCAGCGACCACACCGCCAACCGCUUCGGGGACAGGGAGUCAGGUGGCAGCGACACAGAGGGCGGGUGGGCCCCCGCCGGCGCCCGGCCGCCCCUGCCCCCGGUGCCCGAGCUGUGUCGAGUCAAGGCCUCCAAGGCCCUGAAGAAAAAAAUCCGCAGGUGCCAGCCGGGUGCCCUGAAGGUCAUGACCCUGGUGUGAGCCCCAGGGAGCGGCCAGAGCCCCCAAGGCCUGGCAAAGUGACCGAGUUCCGGGAGAAGGCAUCCUGAGGAGCCAGGGCUGAGGGCCCGUGACAGGCACAAAGGGGCCCUCCCAGGCCUGAGGACAAAGCCGGCGUGUCCACCAGUUUAACAUGCAGACCUGGGUUCUGUGCUGUUGCGAGUCUGCUCUCUGAAGGCUCAGUUGCCAAAGUUGCCACCAUCUCAGGAGAGGAGGCGAGGAGCAUGUGCCCUGGCUGGGCCCGCGGGUGCCUGAGCCUCGGGGACAUCCACGGAGAACCCCGAGAUGCGGGGUCUUACAAGCCGCCCCGAAAACUUACAGAUUCCCACCCGGCUCCCCGGUGUCUGUUGUCAGCGGGGUUGUCACCUCUGUAUUGCUCCCGGUCCCUGCAAAGCCUUCCUCGGGGCUCAGUGGCCAGACUGGGUGCGGAAAACAGGCUGGACCGUGAGUCCCACAUUAACCUCACGUGACGAAGCAUGCAGAUGGCUCCGCUGCCGUCACAGGUCACAGGGACACGUCUCCUUUCCGUUACUCUCGCGCCUCCUGUCUCCCUGCUGGGCGCGUAGUAGGUGCUCAGCAGACCCCCUACCCCCAUCCUUUGGGCGCUCUUACCCGAGGGGGGAAAACGCAGCUCCCGGGAGCACAGCCCAGACUCUGGUCCCAAGACACUUGAGCAGAGCAUAAAGUGUUUUGAAAGAUAA